UCGGCUCAGCCUGCGCCGGGAAACAUCGGCCGCCUCCAGCUCCCGGCGCGGCCCGGCCCGGCUCGGCCGCCUCAGUUAAUCCCCAGCACCACCACCACCACCCCAGCCUCAGAGCGGCGGGGGUUGGCUGGGUGAAAGGUGACCGCCGCGAGAGGGGGGAGUUCCGACCCGGGGAAUUUUGAUCCCUUGGCUGGAGAUGCCGGAACCACAGCAGCUGCUGCCCCAAAAUAGCGCCCUCGCCCCUGCAGCCGGGGAUCUCCGGAGCUCCGAGAACACAGGCGUCCCGGUUCGCCCUUCAGACCCUUCCGCAACGCCCGCGAACCUCCAGACCCCCGCCCCAAGUUCCCGGCUCCCGGACUCGGGGCGGGGAGCUCCGUCCUUUUCUUGGUCUCUACUGCCCCCCACUGGCGGCAGCGUGCCUCUCAGGGUCGGAUGGAUGGGGGACUCGAGUCCUGGGGGACCCGGGCUGGCGAGCCUGAUCUCUGAGGCUAGGCGAGGCGAGUGCGCAGCUGACCGGCACCCACGGGGACCCCGACUCUGGCCAACUCAAGAGAGGCUGCGCCUUCACGCCAUCGCAAGCUUCCCCAUCGGCGCCUCCCGUCAGUGAGGGCCCCGCCCCUGUCGGGUGGCCUGUGUGUGAAUUGCUUGCGGCCUCUGGUGCAGGUGCCCGCUGGGCUCCGGCUGGGCCCAACCCGGUCCACCCGGCUGGGGGAAGGAGACGCCUGCCUGCCCUGGCAGCCAUGAGGCCCCCCUGGUGUCCCCUGCACACGCCCUCCCUGACUUCCCCAAUCCUUCUCCUCCUCCUCUUCUUUCUGGGAGGAGGGGCAGAGGCUGAGGACCCGGAGCUGCUGGUGACGGUGCGUGGGGGCCGGCUGCGGGGCAUCCGCCUAAUGGCCCCUGGGGGCCCCGUCUCUGCUUUUCUGGGCAUCCCCUUCGCAGAGCCACCUGUGGGCCCCCGUCGCUUUCUGCCGCCGGAGCCCAAGCGGCCCUGGUCAGGGGUGCUGGACGCCACAGUCUUCCAAAGUGUCUGCUACCAAUAUGUGGACACCUUGUACCCCGGCUUUGAGGGCACCGAGAUGUGGAACCCAAACCGUGAGCUCAGUGAGGACUGCCUCUACCUCAAUGUGUGGACACCAUACCCCCGGCCUGCAUCCCCCACCCCUGUCCUCGUCUGGAUCUACGGGGGUGGCUUCUACAGUGGGGCCUCCUCCCUGGACGUGUAUGAUGGCCGCUUCCUGGCCCAGGCUGAGGGGACUGUGCUGGUGUCCAUGAACUACCGGGUGGGAGCCUUUGGCUUCUUGGCCCUGCCAGGAAGCCGGGAAGCCCCAGGCAACGUGGGUCUACUGGAUCAGAGGCUGGCACUACAGUGGGUGCAGGAGAAUGUGGCAGCCUUUGGGGGCGACCCCAUGUCAGUGACUCUGUUUGGGGAAAGUGCCGGUGCUGCCUCAGUGGGCAUGCACUUGCUGUCCCCUCCCAGCCGGGCCCUGUUCCACCGGGCUGUGCUGCAGAGCGGUGCACCCAACGGCCCCUGGGCCACAGUGGGUGUGGGAGAGGCCCGCCGCAGGGCCACACUGCUGGCCCGCCUUGUAGGCUGUCCCCCGGGGGGUGCUGGUGGCAAUGACACAGAGCUGGUCGCCUGCCUGAGGACACGGCCAGCUCAGGACCUGGUGGACCACGAGUGGCACGUGCUGCCUCAGGAGAGUGUCUUCCGCUUCUCUUUCGUGCCUGUGGUGGAUGGAGACUUCCUCAGUGACACACCCGAGGCCCUCAUCAAUGCUGGAGACUUCCACGGUCUGCAGGUGCUGGUGGGUGUGGUGAAGGAUGAGGGCUCCUAUUUUCUGGUUUACGGGGCCCCAGGCUUCAGCAAAGACAACGAAUCUCUCAUCAGCCGGGCCCAGUUCCUGGCUGGGGUGCGGGUCGGGGUCCCCCAGGCGAGUGACCUAGCUGCCGAGGCUGUGGUCCUGCAUUACACAGACUGGCUGCACCCUGAGGACCCGGCACGCCUGAGAGAGGCCAUGAGUGAUGUCGUGGGCGACCACAACGUCGUGUGCCCUGUGGCCCAGCUGGCUGGGCGACUGGCUGCCCAGGGUGCUCGGGUCUAUGCUUACAUCUUUGAACACCGCGCGUCUACGCUCUCCUGGCCCCUCUGGAUGGGGGUGCCCCAUGGCUACGAGAUCGAGUUCAUCUUUGGGCUCCCUCUGGAACCCUCGCUAAACUAUACCGCCGAGGAGAGAACCUUUGCCCAGCGACUGAUGAGAUACUGGGCCAACUUCGCCCGCACAGGGGACCCCAAUGACCCCCGGGACCCCAAAGUCCCGCAGUGGCCACCGUACACAGCGGGAGCGCAGCAGUAUGUGAGCCUGAACCUUCGGCCGCUGGAGGUGCGGCGGGGGCUGCGCGCCCAGGCCUGCGCCUUCUGGAACCGCUUCCUACCCAAAUUGCUCAGCGCCACCGCCUCGAAGGCUCCCAGCACCUGCUCAGGCCCCGCCCACGGGGAGGCAGCCCCGAGGCCCAGGCCCGGCCUUCCCCUGCCCCUCCUUCUCCUCCUCUUCCUCCACCUCUCCCGGCUCCUGCGGCUGUGACCACGGCCACUUACCCCUCCGGCCUCAGGGGGCCCCUCCUCUAAUGAGUGGUCGGACAGUGGGGAAGGGCCCCACUCAGGGAUCUCCGACCCAGCGCACCCUCCCUCCUCAAACCGAGAGACUCAAACUGGCCCGGGCUGGGAGGGGGUGGUGACCUAUGACCCGUCUCAGGGACCCACACGCCUUUGUUGUUUAAAUGGAAAUGAAAAUGCCAAUUUUCUUUUUUUAUAAAAUUAUUUGGAGCCGGAGCCUGGUGUUGGGGGGAGAGGGAGGACCGGGAGCUAGAUAGCACCCCCUAGUGGGGCUAUAACAGUCAACCAUUUCUGUCUUCUCUUUUCCCCACCAACCCACGGAUCCUCCUUCUUCUGAUCCUUUCUGUCCCCUGUCUUCCGGUCAUUUUCUCCUCCCCCCACCCCUCCCUUCCCGCCAUCCUUCUCUGGCCCCGCCUCCACUCUCAUCCUUCCUCUGGUCUUCCGUCUCUUCGCAUAUUUUCCUGAUGCUCUUUCCACCGUCCUACGUGCUCUCCUGCAUUCUCCUUGUAUACUCCUGCACUCACGCCCCCCACCAUGUACGUUCCCUGACCUUCCCCUUGUCCUCCUCCAACCCACUUGCCGG